AUGAUGACAGAGAUGCAUGAGAUCGUAUCUGUGCUGCCCGUGGUGAGGACCUGUGGCAGUGCAGUGGAGGCUCAAGAAUUGCAGUCUGUUGCGGGGUCUUCAGACAAAGGUGCUUCUUGGCGCCUGUGGCUCGUGGAAAUGAUAGUGCUGAACUUGGUCAUGAUCAUGUGGAACACCGACAACAUGGUGUUGCCGGCUGUCUACACAGAGAUUGCCAGGCAUUUCAGCGCCUCGCCGAAAGACCUGGCCUCCUUGGGCCUGGUCCGGGGCAUCUUCGAGUCGAUCUUCGCCUUUCCCUCGGGUUUCUUGGCCGACAAGCUGCCCCGGCCGCUGCUCGUGUGGCUCGGGUCGGUGAUCUGGGGUGCUGCCUUGGUGGGGGUGACCUUCUCCCCGAGCCUAUCCUGGAUGAUCUUCUUCAGAGCUCUCAACGGUGUUGGCUUGGGCAUCGUGCAGCCGCUGCUCUUUAGCCUAGUUGCUGACAAGAGCGAUGCACGUGGCCGUGGCAAAGCAUUCGGCUUCCUGCAGUUCUCUGGCAGUAUGGGGCAGACGGCUUUCACAGCUUUCGCAACUGGCAUCGCAUCUUACCAGAUAAUGUCGAUGGCGGGAUGGCAGUUUGCUCUGGUGAUCGUCGCUCUUUUGAGUGUCGUGGUGGGCACUCUCUGCGUGCUUUUGGUUCGGGACCACCGCGACCAGGACCCUCGAAGCAUGAUGGCAAUAGUUCGUGAGGAGACUCCGAAACUUGGGAGCAUUGUUUGCCUUCCGACCUUCAUCAUCAUCAUUGGCCAGGGGGUCUUUGGGACUGCCCCGUGGUUUGCUUUCAGCUACCUGACCAUGUGGCUGGAGCUGAACUGCUUCUCUCACUCACACGCUGCUGCCAUCAUUGCUUGCUUCAACAUCGGAGGGGCUCUGUCUGGAAUUGUGGGGGGCGUGCUCCUGGAUGCUGUCGUGCGGCGCUUUCCGGAUCACGGGCCACCAGGGCUCGCCCAGCUGGCGGUCUUCGCAUCAGUGCCGCUGUUUGCCACCAUCCUCUUCGGGCUCGGUGGCCUGGACAACAGGAGCCCCAGCAGCUUCGUAGUCUAUGCCAUGAUCUUCAUGGUGACCGGCACCAUGAUUUCCUGGUGUACGGUGAUGAACAACAAGAUGUUUAGCGACAUCGUCCCCAAGGAGGCCUACAGCUACGUCUUUGCUCUGGACAUAGUUGUCGAAGGCACCUUGGGGGCCUUGGGCCAGCCGCUGGUCGGCUGGCUCACGGAUGACGUCUUUCAUUUCAAUGCGAAGUCAGCCAACUCGCAAGACUGUUCUCCGGACAAUGCCAUGAAGCUGGGCCAGGGGAUUUUCGCCGUGUCGGGCGUGGCAUUUUCUCUGUGCUUCAUGUUCUACGGCAUGGGGCAUUUCACCUACCCUCGGGACCGGAAGGUCGCAGCUCGCAAGCUAAACUGCAGCAAAGGCGCUGCUGAGAGCGAUGGGCAGGUGAACUAA